ACAGUAUCCUCGUCCACAAUACCAAGUGCAGCACCCACAGGCAGCAGUCUUCCCACCCUCUCCACACCAACAGACUACGCCAGCACAGGCGUAUACUAUCACAACAAACACCGCAUGAACCACUCCGCUCCCCUCACAACCUGGAACUCAGCCCAAGCCCUCAUCGCCGCCGAAAUAGCAUCAAGCUGCAUCUUCGCGCACAACAUGACCGUCUCUGGCGGCACCUACGGCCAGAACCUCGCGGCCUACGGCUCCACCGGCGCCGUCCAAUCCAUCCCGCCCCCCCUCAUGCUCGCAACCUCCAUCGUCAACCAAUGGUACUACAGCGAAGUCGCCAAUUUCCUGCCGUCCUACUACGGCGAGGCGACGCCUGAUAUGUCGAAUUUUGCGGGUUGGGGACACUUUAGUCAGGUGGUGUGGAAGGGGAGUACGAGUGUUGGGUGUGCGAGCCAGUCUUGUGGUGCGGGC